AGCAUGUCUGUCAAAGCUAAGAGAGAACAACUGAGGGAGACUUGGUAAAUCGACCUGAAGUGCCAAAGAAAAUUGUGUUAUUACCGUGCACAGACUGGUCUCUGGCCUUGUGAUUAUCCUUCUCAAACAAACUAUGGACAGUCCUGCAAAGGUUUAGAUUUUCAUGCAUUAUUUUUAAACAUUGUAGCAGAGUGACCAUGACCUACAUUGGAUGGUUCUUGCUACUUUCAGUGGGCUUGUUGAGUCAAAGUAGCCCAUGUUUGGGAGCCAAUGGACUGAACAGAUACAGAUACAACCACAGGAACUGCUAUACCUGCUUCUAUGGACACAAUAGCUACAAUGUGGGAGAUACUGGUUCAGAUGUUGACGAAUGUCAGGUCCAUAAUGGGGGAUGCCAGCACCGUUGUGUGAACACCAGAGCUUCUUACUACUGUGUGUGCAACCCAGGCACCCGACUGCAUAAUGAUGGACGAACCUGCAUUGCCGUCCUCUCUUGUGCCAUCAACAAUGGGGGUUGUGAGCAGGACUGUAUCCAGCUGUCCCAGGCUCACUACCAGUGUCGCUGUAGACCCAACUACCAACUCACAGAGGAUGGCAAGAACUGCAAGCUGAGAAGUCCUUGUGCAGAAAGGAAUGGAGGCUGCCUGCAAACAUGCAGGAACAUUGGAGGGCGAGCUCAGUGUGACUGUCGUCCUGGUUACCUACUGGGCCAGGAUGGUAAAAACUGCCAAGACAUUGAUGAGUGUGAGACAAGCCAAGCUGCCUGUGCCCACAGUUGCCACAACAACCAUGGUUCCUUCACCUGUCUCUGCAACCCAGGGUACGAGCUAGGAUCAGAUGGGAGGAAAUGCUACCGCAUUGAGAUGGAGAUCAUCAACAGCUGUGAGAACAGAAAUGGAGGAUGUUCUCAUCAGUGUCAGCACUCUACUGUCGGAGCUGUCUGUAGCUGUAACCAUGGAUACCACCUAGCCGAAGACCUGAAGACCUGUGUGGACUUGAAUGAGUGUGAUGCAGGAACCUCAUGCUGUGAGCAGGACUGCACCAACUAUCCGGGGGGUUAUGAGUGCUACUGCAGGGCUGGUUACCGUCUCAACUCUGAUGGAUGUGGCUGUGAUGAUGUGGACGAGUGUCUGGUGGACAAUGGAGGCUGUGAGCACACCUGCCAAAACACAGCUGGAUCUUUCCAGUGCUUCUGUCGUCUAGGACACCGUCUUGACGAGGACAGAAUGUCCUGUGUUUCCCUGCAGGAGGCAGUAGAGGUUUUAGGGUGGAGUGGCCGCCUGGCUGUGGAGCGCCCCCUGCCCCGGAUCACCUUGCUGAGGGACUUUGUCGUGCAGCCCCUGGAGCGCUACGUUGACUACGAGGAAGACAGCCUGGGAGAGCUGCGGGCCCAGAGCACUCUCACAGAGACCUUUGUUUGCUUGAAUGAAACCUUCGGCCCUGACUGCAGCUUGUCGUGUGAGGACUGUUCUAAAGAAGGAGUGUGUAAUCUGGAAGAGGGAAGGUGUGACUGCCCUGAUGGGUGGACAGGGAUUGUCUGCAACCAAACUUGUCCCGAGGGCACGUUUGGCAGGAACUGUUCCUUCAAGUGUAAGUGUAAGAAUGGUGCCAGCUGCAACCCUCUGACCGGGCACUGCCACUGCCCACCUGGCAUCAGUGGGGACAUGUGCCAGGAUGGAUGCCCCAAGGGUCUGUAUGGGAAACAGUGCAAUAAGAAGUGUAAUUGUGCCAACAAUGGGCGCUGCCACCGCACCUACGGGGCCUGUCUGUGUGACCCAGGACUCUAUGGGCGCUUCUGUCACCUACCUUGUCCCAAGUGGUCAUACGGCCCAGGCUGCUCUGAGGAAUGCCAGUGUGUCCAGCAGAACAGCCUAGAAUGCCACCGGCGCCACGGGGCCUGCAUCUGCAGACCAGGCUUCCAGGGCAAGAGGUGCCAGGAGGAAUGUGAGAGAGGCUACUAUGGCCUGGACUGCAAGAAGACCUGCCUCUGUCCAUCAGGAGUGACCUGCGAUCAUGUGACAGGGGAAUGUAGGCCCCUGUGCCAAGCGGGGUUCCAUGGAGAUAACUGUGCUCUAGAAUGUCCACAGGGUCGAUAUGGAUCUGGAUGUAACCAUCCCUGUGAGUGCUCUGGGGCCCUGUGUGACAAGGUAACAGGGCGGUGUCACUGUCCACCAGGGCUCACAGGACAGCACUGUCAGAUGGAGUGUGAGGAGGGCCAGUGGGGGCUUGGCUGUGCUGAGUCCUGUCCUAAUUGCCUGCAUGGGGGAGUGUGUGACAAAUACAAUGGAACAUGUCAAUGCCAACCUGGGUACAUUGGCACCCUGUGUCAGACUGUGUGCCCAGCUAGUAGAUUUGGCCAUGGAUGCCAGUUGCGAUGUCUGUGUGAGAAUGGUGGGCGCUGUCACUCAGUGACUGGACGCUGUGUCUGCACUGAGGGCUGGACUGGACCCAGAUGUAGCAGAGCAUGUAAAGCAGGUCGCUGGGGGAGGGGCUGUGCCAACGUGUGUGAGUGCCAGAGCAGUGAUGGGAGCUGUGACCCAAUCACUGGCCAGUGUGGCUGUGAGGCGGGCUACACAGGACCACGCUGUCAACAGAAAUGCCCAGAAGGCUCCUUUGGUUUGGCCUGCAGACACAAGUGCCAGUGUGCCAACCUGGCUGCCUGUGAGCAUGUGAGUGGAGCCUGCACCUGCCUAUCUGGCUGGACUGGCACCUACUGUGAAAAACAAUGUCCCGAUGGCUUCUAUGGGAUGGAGUGUGAGCAGAAGUGUGAGUGUUUGAACGGAGGGUCAUGUGAUCACCUCACAGGAUCCUGCAUCUGCCCGGCUGGCUGGGUCGGACCACAAUGCAACACCACAUGCCAGGAAGGGCGGUUUGGCCAAGAGUGUAACCUCACCUGUCAGUGCCACAACGAUGCCAGAUGUGACCCUGUCAGUGGGCAGUGCCAGUGUCUACCAGGCUGGACCGGCUCAAGGUGUGACAGAGAGUGUCCAUCCGGCCUCUAUGGGGCGGACUGUGUGCUGCAGUGCUUGUGCCAACAUGGAGGGUCAUGUGACCGGUUCUCUGGGCGCUGUUCCUGUCUCGCUGGGUGGACAGGGGUGGCAUGUGAGCGAGAGUGUGCACACGGCUGGUUUGGCAGGGACUGUGCACAGCCGUGUGAGUGUGUGAAUCAGGGGGUAUGUGACCGUCGAACUGGAGCUUGUAGCUGCCCUCCUGGUUAUGUGGGGAAGCACUGUCAGAAAGAGUGUGCGGCAGGACAGUUUGGUUCUGGGUGUGAGGACCGAUGUAGAUGCGCCCAUGGUGCCCCAUGUGACCAUAUUUCCGGAGUGUGUGUUUGUCCUCCUGGCUGGAGAGGACCAACAUGUGACAGAGCGUGUCUGCCUGGCUCCUAUGGUAAGGACUGUGCGCAACACUGUGACUGUCCUCAUGGUACUUCCUGUAACCAUGUGACCGGCAAGUGUGGCUGUCCCGCUGGCUUCACUGGCAACGGCUGUGAGCAAACAUGCAAGCCUGGCACAUAUGGUCUGAACUGUAACCAGGUGUGCCAGUGUUCUGGUGCCAACCAGCUGUGCCACCCUGUCAUGGGUCUCUGCUACUGUGCACCCGGCUUCCAUGGCAACAACUGUGAUCAAGAGUGUGAGGAUGGGCAGUAUGGGCCAAACUGUGAGCGCUCAUGCCAGUGUCAACACCAGGGCUUGUGCCAAACCACCACUGGCACCUGUCAGUGCCCACCUGGAUACAUAGGAGCAGACUGCAAUACUACAUGCCCCGCCGGCCGCUAUGGACAGGACUGUGUCCGGGUUGCACUCUGUGGUGAGGGGGCAGGCUGUGACCCAGUGACCGGCAGGUGUGUGUGCGAGGCUGGCCAAAGAGGAGAAGACUGUGGGCAGGGCUGUGCUCGAGGCUGGUUUGGGAAGGACUGUGCCCAGCGUUGCAUCUGCAAUAACGGGGGGGUGUGUGACCCUGUAUCUGGGGUGUGUACCUGUGGAUUGGGCUGGACUGGACUGAACUGUGAAAAAGUAUGUUCUCCUGGGAGAUAUGGAGCCAACUGUAGCCAACAAUGCAGUUGUCAAAACAACGGGACGUGUGACAGAGUCACAGGAGAGUGUCGGUGUGACCCUGGAUACUAUGGCUACCUGUGUGAACAUGCCUGCCCAGCAGGUUUCCAUGGUCCCCGCUGCCAGCGUCACUGUAACUGCAGAGGUCGUGCUUUUUGCGACCCGAGAACAGGACUGUGUCUUUGCCCCCCCGGUUACCAUGGAUACCACUGUGAGCAGGAAUGUGACCAAGGCCACUUUGGAGUGGGCUGUAGCCAGUCAUGUGACUGUGACGGGGACACACCAUGUGACCCUGUAAGUGGCAAGUGUCUGUGUCCACCAGGAAAGAUGGGCGUGCGCUGUGACACAAGUUGUGCUGCGAACCGGUAUGGUCCAAACUGUACAGAGACAUGUGAGUGUCGAAACGGAGCACAGUGUGACUCCAGGAACGGCCGCUGUACCUGCCUGGGAGGCUGGGUAGGCAAUGCCUGUCAGGAGGGCGGACCAUUUACUUCUCCAAUACAGCCCCGUAUAAACCGAAUAUGGAAUUACACACAUAGUCUGUCUUCUGUAUAGCACCUUCUACUGGCCAAAAACAGAUACAUAACAGAUUGGGGCUCACUCCUCAAGGUUAUAGAGCCCCAAAACGAGAUGAAGUUAACUACAAACAACUGCAGAAUUAGAGUUGUCGUGGGAGUCAUGCACCAUGUUGUGACCAACCAAAGACCAGUAGGUGUCACCAGAGAGAGAAUAUGAACACAGACAUGGAUGGCAGUGGAUACAAAAUUCUUAAUGUUCCCCAUGUCACAUGUUGUUCAUUCACGUGUAAUGUAACAGGGUUAACUCUCAUUGAUUAUCAGAGAGUUACUGAAAAAAACUAGAGAGCCUUUGUCAACAGACCACUUCCUGGGUACCAGCUGGACAUGGGGGAGUACUGUAUGAUUUCAGGAAAUAAUUAUACAGUGUGUCCUCAAACUUCAUAAAGGACACAAGAAGACUGUGGUUCUAAUAGUAAUUUACUGUAAAAUGCACAUUUUAGCUUUACCGUUGUUAUUAAAUAUGUUGUUUUUUUCAU